UCAGUUCUCAGCGGCGUACUCAUCCGUCUGGCACGUUUCGUGUGUGACAUCGUGAGGUGUUUUCUGGCGCAAGUGUUGUUCUCUUCCUGGAUGCAGAUACUGAAAGAGUGUCUGUGGUCACGUCACGGGAAUUAAAGUCAGAGGAAACGUAUCAAGUGCGAUCUCAUCCUCUUUUUCGAAGAGGUCCUUUUACUGAGGGUUUAAUGAUCAAGUAAGAAAGCAUCAUUAGAAAGACUUCCAGGAAUGGCCUGAGAGGUGUGGACGAGCGUGACUUCUUGCAGAAAUAAUUCUGCAGGAUACGUCUUGGUAUAGUCCUGCUAUGGUGAGCAAUGUGUUGGAUGUGUACUGGAAAAUAUUGUGACUCUGGUGAAGAAAACACGUGAAGUUCAUCUUAAUGUGGUUGAGAAAACUGCUCCUUAUCGCUGCAAUGACUCUGUUCAAAGUGUCGAGUGGAUACUUUUUGGAUAAAGAAAUUCACGGUCUGAUGAGGCAUCAUCGAAAAGAUUUGACCGAACACCGAGGAAGUCAUCACAAUUCUCUAACAUCGGGCCACCUUGGUCAAUUUUUAACGAAAAACAACAGUCGUGUGAUAAGCCAAAGGGGCGGCCUGGCCAUUCUGCCAUGUAGCGUCUCACUCACAACACCAGCCACUAUUUCUUGGUUUCGCCGAAAGGACUUUCAGUUGCUGACCGUGGGUCUCCUCACCUACAGCAGCGACGACCGUUUCCAGGUGGAGCAUACGCGACACCAGGGCAACUGGGCGCUGCGAAUCAAAAGUGCCCGCAAGGAGGACGAGGGAUACUACGAGUGCCAAAUUUCCACACAUCCACCCCAAUCGAUUUUCGUUGAACUGAGAAUAGUCGAAGCAGUAGCUGAAAUAAUAGAAGCGCCCGAUUUGCAUAUCAACGAGGGAUCUACGCUGAGAUUGGAAUGUAAGCUGAAACGAGCCACUGAGAGUCCGCUCUACGUAUUCUGGUACCAUGACUCAAGGAUGGUUAACUAUGACUAUGAUGAUGGGGUUUUGGUUUCUUCGAAUCGUCAGAAAUCGAGCAUUCUAACUGUAAGGAAUGCCACUAUUCGUCAUGAGGGUAACUACACAUGUGCCCCUGCGAAUGCCAAGCAGUCUAGUGUCUAUGUUCAUGUCCUCAAAGGUGAGAAACCAGCCGCAAUGCAGCAUCCAACCAAAAGUGCAAAUGACGCCAAUAUGAAUCCUCUCGACAGAUUUCUCACAGUGUAUCUCUGUGUGUUUCUAUUUCCCAUCGUUAAAUAUGUUGUAUUCUAUUGAUUUUUUUCAAGCAAGACUCUCUUAGUGGUUAAAUCUUGUUCAAGGAGGAAAUGAAUUACCUCUGUGAAAUUACUUUUCGAGAAAGUGGAGGAACAUGUUGAGAUUUAAGAAAAAAAAGGGGUUCAAAUAUAGAAAUGAAUAGAGCUGGAUGGUGAUCAUUUUCAAUUAAGGUGAAAGCUCAGAUGGGUGAAAUGAUAUAAAUUAAAAGCUAGUCUUUAAAUUCCAGAAAAGAAGUAUAAAGCUCCAUGUAAAUAACACUUUAAGAGUAAUUGAAAAUAAAAAAAAAAUAUAGUGAAAAAAGGAAAAUUAUGAAAUAAAUGUAAAAGUCUGUUGUCAGGAUCUUGAACAACGUCUACUAAAAUAAACACAAUGUAUGAUGAAUAAUUGAAUAAUU